AAGAGACGUUUUCGGGGAAACAUGGCGGCGCCCGGAAAGAAGAAAUUGGUACAGCAAGACGAGCUACGGCGGCUGAUGAAAGCAAAGCAGAGGGAGACAGCGAGCAAGAAGAGGGUCGACUCCCCCCUGGCCAAAUAUAACAGCCUUGGUCAUUUGUCCUGUGCUGUAUGUAAUGUACCGAUUAAAAGUGAACUACUAUGGCAAGCACACAUCCUUGGAAAACAACAUAAAGAGAAAGUUGCAGGACUGAAAGGCACAAAAGAAAACACCAGUAGUCCUUCUGUGUCUGCACCGACCUCACAAGCAACUAAAAGAAAAGGGCCAGUUGCAGGGGGUGAGGAUGUAAAGAGAGUAAGAGACUCAGAAGAGCAAUCUUCGGCUCCAACUACAGCAUCCACGCUUCCUGCUGGCUUUUUCGAGAAGACUGAUCAACCAUCUCAUAAACAGACUACAGGUAAUUCUGCCAGUCUUCGGUUGCUGGCAGGAGAUUAUGACGAUGAUGAUGAGGAAGUUCAGGAGAAAGGGGAAACCAGCUCAGCAGCACUAUCCUCUUCCAUGCAGAAAUCUACAGAAAUACCAUUGCCUCCACCAACAGCAAACGAUGGCCUCCCAGCAGAUUUCUUUGAUAGGAAGACAACUGUGGUUUCCCAUUCUGGCUCUAUUUUUAAGGCUGACAUUCAAGAAAAAUUGGUGGAGAGGAAAGAGAAUACAGCAGAAGCCUUACCUGAGGGAUUCUUCGAUGACCCAGAAGUUGAUGCAAAGGUUAGAAAAGUAGAUGCUCCUAAAGAUCACAUGGCUAAGGAGUGGGAAGAGUUUCAGAAAGAAAUACGUCAAGUUAAUACCGUUUCUGAAGCAAUUGUGGCAGAAGAAGAUGAAGAAGGUCGAUUCGAUCGGCAGAUUGAGGAAAUUGAUGAACAGAUGGAGUGUUUCCGGCGAAUUGAACAUUUAAGAAACCGCAAAGAUGUCUUAAAUGAGUCAUUGAAGAAAGUUCUGAUGUCAAAAGCUGCCAAAGAGGAAGAUGAUGCUGAAAGCAAUGAUGAAGAGAUGUUACCAGUCAUAAUUGGUCAGAACUGGCGAGAAAAAGGGGCUUUUCUAUAGCCUAGAAAUAUUGUA